AAAUCUCUUGCAUAUUUAUGAACCUUCAAAAAAUAGAAAAAGAAAAAGAAAGAGAAAUAAGUUGACAGUGCCAAGGCUCAGUUACAGAAUUUUCAUGGCGUUUUCUGUUAUAUUAUAUUCCAAUCUUUCUAAAGAUUCUGAGCAUCAAAAUCAAACUACAAUAUCUAUUAACACAGCUGGUUUCAUGGGAGGGAUAUGAAUUUUUGAAGUUUCAUAUCCAUUUUUCUUCUUUGUGGGGUCCUCCUCCAUAUUUUGGCACUGUAAUUGACAGCCUAAUCAACAGCCUGGAAAGGGUGGUUAUAACCGCACUAAAAGGCUCGAGCUUGAUGGGUUUUUGUGGUGGGGUUCACGUAUUCUCAACUGGGUUUCUCUUUGGCACAGACCCAAUUCACUCUGCAGCAAAUUGUUUCCAUUUUGCUCUCCCAUUGAGCUUUUCGAUUGCUGCUUGAGAAAGUUGGCAUUCUUUUCCUUCAUUUGCCAUUGAGGAUCUGGUUUAUUUGACAUGGUGAAGAUGAAACUAGUAAAGUUGGUACCUUUGGUUCUUGCUCUUGUAUUGCUUAUGAGUCUUAGAUCAUCUGCUUCAUUCACUCCUAUCGAUAACUACUUAAUUGCUUGCGGUUCUUCGAAAAGUAUCACAUUUCAAGGUCGAACCUUUGUUCCUGAUACACAACAAUCUUCCCUUGUACUAAAAAGUGCAAAUUCUGUAGUUGCUAGCUCCAAUUCUACUGUCCCUUCUCCAAUUUACCAAUCUGCUCGAGUUUUCAAGGCAGCAGCUUCUUACAAAUUCAAAAUCCAGCAAGAAGGCCGGCAUUGGGUCCGCCUUUAUUUUUACCCUCUUACAAGUCCUGGCCAAAACUUGGAGUCUGCUCAAUUAACUGUGGUUACUGAUAAUUUUGUACUCUUGACCAACUUCACUUUCAAGAACUAUAAUGGUUCUUAUCUGUUCAAGGAGUAUGCAAUCAAUGUAACUUCAGAUACCUUGACUCUCACCCUCAUUCCUUCAAACAAUUCAGUUGCUUUUGUUAAUGCAAUUGAAGUUGUAUCUAUCCCGGAUGCACUGCUCCCUGACCAGGCAUAUGCUGUGAAUCCAUCCGCUCCUUUUAGUGGCCUUUCUGACCUUUCCCUUCAAACAGUUUACCGGUUAAACAUGGGGGGUCCUUUGAUCACUGCUCAAAACGAUACCCUUGGAAGAACUUGGGAGAAUGAUAUGAAAUACCUUCAUGUGGACAGUUCUGCAGUAAAUGUAUCAGUCAACCCUGCGAGCAUUAAAUAUCCACAGGCUGUCACAGCCGAAAUCGCACCAAAUUGGGUCUAUGCGACUGCCGAAGCCAUGGGAAAUGCAAAUGUGCCCAAUGUGAACUUCAACAUAACUUGGGUCCUUACGGUUGAUCCAAAUUUCUUGUAUCUUGUUCGGGUGCAUUUCUGUGAUAUUGUCAGCAAGGCUCUGAAUAGUCUUGUUUUCAAUGUUUUCGUGAAUUCUGACAAUGUGCUCUCGAGUCUUGACCUCUCUUCCAUUACUGGUGACUUGGGUGUGCCUUAUUACAAAGAUUUUGUGUCCAACUCCUCAGCAGGAACUUUGACUGUCAGUGUUGGUCCAGAUUCAAUGGCGGAUAUCACUAAUGCAAUUCUGAAUGGGUUGGAGGUCAUGAAGAUCAGCAAUGAGUUGGGGAGCUUGGAUGGGUCUCUAUCAGUGGGGAAUAUCCUUCCUAGUUCACCCUCGAAGAAGAAUAAUAUAGGAAUCAUAGUUGGUUCUGCUGUAGGAGCUGUAUCUGUUAUGGCAAUUAUUGGUCUCUUUUAUUGCUGCUUGGCAUUCCGCAAGUCAAAGAGUACUAACCAAGGGACAUGGCUGCCUUUGCCUUUGUAUGGAAAUUCUCAAACCAUGACAAAAAUGUCUACAACUUCACAAAAGAGUAACACAGCAAGCUGCAUUUCAUUAGUUUCCUCCAAUCUUGGCCGCUUCUUCAUGUUCCAGGAAAUUCUGGAUGCAACCAACAAGUUUGAUGAGAGCCUACUUCUUGGAGUUGGUGGUUUUGGUAGGGUUUACCAGGGAACACUUGAAGACGGGACAAAAGUAGCUGUUAAAAGAGGAAACCCAAGAUCUGAACAAGGUCUUGCUGAAUUCCGAACUGAAAUUGAAAUGUUAUCUAAGCUCCGCCAUCGCCACCUUGUGUCUCUGAUUGGCUACUGUGAUGAAAGGUCAGAAAUGAUUCUGGUCUAUGAGUACAUGGCCAAUGGACCCCUCAGGAGCCAUUUGUAUGGAACAGAUCUCCCAACCCUAUCAUGGAAGCUACGGCUCGAAAUCUGCAUUGGGGCUGCAAAGGGUCUCCAUUAUCUCCACACUGGUGCAGCUCAAAGCAUAAUUCACCGAGAUGUGAAGACAACCAAUAUUCUCUUGGAUGAGAACUUUGUAGCCAAAGUUGCUGAUUUUGGCCUCUCAAAAACAGGUCCAGCUCUAGAUCAGACCCAUGUGAGUACAGCUGUUAAGGGUAGUUUUGGUUACCUUGAUCCUGAAUACUUUAGAAGGCAACAGCUCACGGAAAAAUCAGAUGUGUAUUCAUUUGGGGUAGUUCUAAUGGAAGUUCUGUGCACAAGACCUGCUUUGAAUCCUGUUCUUCCCAGGGAGCAGGUCAACAUAGCAGAAUGGGCGAUGACCUGGCAAAAGAAGGGCAUGCUAGACCAAAUCAUGGACCCAAAUCUGGUAGGGAAGGUAAAUCCAGCUUCUCUUAAGAAGUUUGGGGAGACAGCUGAGAAGUGCCUUGCUGAGUAUGGUGUUGACAGGCCAUCAAUGGGAGAUGUCUUGUGGAAUCUUGAAUAUGCUCUUCAGCUUGAGGAAACGUCAUCUGCACUCAUGGAACCUGAAGAUAAUAGCACAAACCACAUACCUGGUAUCCAAUUAACCCCACUUGAGCCAUUUGAUAACAGUGUGAGCAUGAUUGAUGGGGGGCACUCCGGCACAGAUGAAGAUGCAGAAGAUGCUGCCACAAGUGCUGUGUUUUCUCAGCUUGUUAAUCCUCGCGGAAGAUGAGAAGACAGAUCAUUUGCCUGUCUGAGUCUUGGUCCCAUUAAAAGAUACUAGUCAUCUUGGCCUUGAGAGUGCUCAGUGAGGGAACAAGGUUCUUUCUUAGUUCAUUAUUCUUGUUGUUGCCACAAUUUUCUGUCUACGAUUUAUUUUGUAAUAUAGUUUUGGUGGGUGCCAAUUAAUCCAUCAGCAGGUAAGGUGCCAAAGGAUUUUAUUAUUGUCUUCAUAUAUAAAUCCAUCUGGGUUUCAGAGCUUCCCAUGUUUUUACAAAAGUAAAUGAUGUCUUUGUAUUCACAUAUUUUAUUGUUCAUAAGAUAUAGAGAAUAAGCAGAGUAUGUGACCUCUGUAUACUUACAAGUUCCA